AUGGAGUGUCGCAUAUUCCGCGCUCUGCUUUUAAGUGCUCUCGUACUGCUGGUCCACUCGUGGGACCUACGGCCGGUGGGUAUUGAUCGGUUCCGCGUUCGUCACGUUUCCCUGUACCAUUCGAGGGCGUUCCUGACGAUUGAGUCACCAGACGUGUCUCUCGUGGAAGCGACCUGGCCCGAGAACACGGGCAAUCAACGUCCUCGUGUGCUAUCGAAUGACGAAGAUGGCGAGUCCUGCCGAGGGUUGACCCACGUGCGGGGAACUGACAUCGAUCGUCUCGCGCGACUUUGGGUGCUUUGUGGUUCAGAUUUCCGCAACUCCGGCUGUCCACCGAAGCUUGUUAUCCGGAGUUUACUGAGCCCGGGAACGGGAGAGAUUCAACACCGAUUGAGGCGUCCCGACACUAACCCACAGUUCCACACGAUCGUUGUUGAUCCGGUACCAGCGAGUGAUGGAGAUACGCGUGCGUUCAUCACUCUGCUAGAUCAGGACUUUAUCUUGCUGUACUCGCUGUUCAAGCGCACAAUAGGAAUGCUAAAGUUUGAGAAGAACGAUCUCACCACGUUACAUCCGAUCUCGCUCGCAGAAGUAGCUGUCAACCACAACCGGCUGUACGUGGCGGAUACGGUGAGCGAUCGGCUGUUUGCGCUUCCGAUACGGAACCUACGCCAGCUGGCCUUUCCCGAGGAUGGUGUGCAAAAAAUCAUCAUGAAAACCAACGUCACCUACCUCGGGCGGUUACUCGGUCGACCGUGGGGCUUGAAGUUGGAUUUCCGCGAUAACUUGCUGUACGUGCUGCAGCGAGAUGGCGCCAUCGUUAAGUGGACGCCUGGUCGCUCCUUGAAGGCGGAAAAUCAUCGUGUCAUUCUGCAGCAAGGCACGAAUAUAACGCAGAUCAUUCUCGGGAUCGCUGGGAAAGCGUGGGCCGUGUCGGGGGAGUUCGUGUCACAAGAAACGCGCCGCCAUUGUCUAAAGAUUGGCGUGUAA